GACGGAGACAGGAGUUUUUGUUCUGAUUCAUUCGCAUGCAAAGCAUGUGUCGCCGCUUCCUUCCUCUACGUUACACAAAUAACUCGGAAUCAAUUUCACAACAACAAAAUCAAACUUCAAACCCCACUCACCACUCACUGCAGAGUCAAUCAUAAUGGCCAAUUUGCCCCAAUCCAUCUCCAUGAGCGCCGCCUCCUUUGGUGCUCCUUCUGCCUCCGCCACCAAGGAUCGCCGAAUGGCCUCCGUCGAACACCUCGUCCUCGAACUCAGCAACCCCGAUCUUCGGGAAAACGCUCUCCAUGAACUCUCCAAGAAGAGAGAGUUAUUUCAGGAUCUCGCUCCAUUAUUGUGGAAUUCCUUUGGUACUAUGGCAGCACUUUUGCAGGAAAUAGUUUCAAUAUACCCUGUUAUUUCCCCACCAAACCUUACUCCGGCACAAUCCAAUCGAGUGUGCAAUGCUCUUGCUCUUCUUCAGUGUGUGGCAUCUCACCUUGAUACAAGGAUGCAGUUCCUCAAUGCUCAUAUACCUUUAUAUCUGUAUCCUUUCCUUAAUACAACAAGUAAGUCAAGACCAUUUGAGUAUUUGAGGCUUACCAGUCUUGGAGUCAUUGGUGCCUUGGUGAAGGUUGAUGAUACAGAAGUUAUAAGUUUCCUUCUUUCAACAGAGAUUAUUCCGUUGUGCCUUCGCAGUAUGGAAAUGGGCAGUGAAUUGUCAAAAACUGUUGCAACCUUUAUAGUUCAAAAAAUCCUGUUGGACGAAAUUGGUUUGAAAUAUAUUUGUACUACAGCCGAGCGCUUUUAUGCAGUGGGCCGAGUUUUGGGAAACAUGGUGGCAACUCUUGUGGAGCAACCUUCAUGUCGUCUUUUGAAGCAUAUCAUUCGUUGUUAUCUUCGUCUGUCAGAUAAUCAGAGUGCUUGCGAGGCAUUAAGAACCUGUCUUCCAGACAUGUUGAGAGAUGCUACAUUCAGUAGUUGCCUUCGUGAAGACCCAACAGCUAGGAGGUGGCUACAGCAGUUGCUUCAUAAUAUCGGAGUCAGGGUACCAGCUCUACAAGGUGGAGGAUUCGAUCAUAUGAUGGUGUCGUGAGAACAAAGAUCUUGUCUCGUUACUGGGAUUGCUACUGUCUUUGGAAAAUUAUCAACUUAGUUAUAUAAAAUAGCAUUUUCAGUUUGACAUAUAUUGAGUAAGAAGAAUUGAUAGGGAAGGAUCUAUCUUUCUGUUUGAUCUUGAAAGUGAAGUAAACUUUAUCUGAUGAGACAAUUAUAAAAGUUAUAUCGAGUUUGGAUUCUCUGCAGCUCCUGCAGCAAAAUAAAAAAAAUAUUUUUUUCUAUUUCAA